UUGUUAAAUCAGUUUGUACUUUGCCAUCGCUCCGCCUGUCCGAAUUUUCUCCCACUUUUUGACACACGUAUCAGAUAAGUAAGUUUACAUCAACUUACAGUUGAUAUCCGGCCCUACCGGUUCUUGUGUCAACCGACUUUAUUUGAUUUUACUUUUUUUACUAUUUUACUUUCACGGAUUUUUCCGACAAUGAAGUUUAAAGUUAAGUUAUUUUUGUUCUGCAGCAUAAUCGUCGCUUUCAUUGCGAUUCAAUGGAGUGGUCCGUCUUUUAACCCAGAGUCUUUGAAAGGAGCCCGGGUGCUGGUGACCGGUGCCAGCACUGGGAUUGGUGAACAGUUGGCAUAUCACUACGCCCGUUUGGGAGCCCAGCUUGUUAUCACGGCAAGAAGGGAAAAUGUCUUGGCACAGGUUGUAAAGAAGUGUCUAGAAAUGGGUGCACAGAAAGCCUUGUUUAUCGCUGCAGACAUGGCCAACCCCAAAGAUUCGGAGCGGGUGGUGCAAUACACGAUCGAUCAGCUCGGGGGGCUUGAUUUCCUUGUUCUGAAUCACAUUGGGCCCAGUCCAUAUAGAAUGUGGGAUGGAGACGUAGAGCACAUUCGAUGGUUGCUACAGGUCAAUUUUCUUAGUUAUGUCCAGAUGGCUCAGAAAGCUUUGCCAACACUUGAAAGUAGUAAAGGAUCGAUAGUUGUUGUUUCCUCACUACUGGGAAAAAUGCCUGGUCCUUUUGCAUUGCCGUACUCUGCAACAAAGUUUGCCCUGAAUGGCUUUUUUGGAGGGCUGCAACAUGAACUAGCCAUGCAAAGAAGCAACGUAUCUGUCACCAUCUGCACUCUCGGUCUUAUCGACACAGACAAUGCAAUGGAAAAAAUCAAAGGCUACAUCGAUAUGACGGCCUACCCUGCACACGAAGCCGCUUGGCAGAUCGUUGCAGCCGGAGGGUCUCGGCAUCCGGAGGUCUUUUACCCUUGGUACACCUACUACCUCUGUCUCAUUAGGGAUUGGUUCCCCUACUGGAGGGAUCUGGCUAUUCGAAAUUCCUACACAUAUAAUCCAUAAGCAGCAGGGAAUUAGUGACUGAUUAUAUUGAAAUCUGUGUUUGGUAAGACACAUAUACAUGAACUUUGUGGAGAAUAUAUGUGCUCUCACACCCUAUGGUGCUAAUGCGAGUGAUGCAGGUUCAAGUCCUGUCCUAAUGCUGACUUCAUGUGCUAUUGGAAGUCGUAAUUACGAGCUUGUUGUAUUCCUGUGCUUUGUUAUCAGAAUGAAUGAAGGAUGCCAGGUUCAUACUUGCGUGUGUCUUGAGAAAAUGGUAUUUAAACACUGAGACAAACAGUAUAUGCUUCAAAUGAUUAUUCAUAUGUGUUUAUAUGUAUUGUUUAACACCACAUCAGAGGGUGUUCAUGUGCAAUAUUACACACAAAAGGAAACUUGUAUUUACGAUAAUUCGAAUAGCACGUGAAGGCAGCAUCACUCCACUAUCAAUUAUAAUGGCAAAAAACUCUAACUUUAAAACAUUGGUGGAAUGAAAAUAGUUUCUGUGGGGUUUUAUGUUAGUAUAAUUCAUGUUUAUGUAGUUUUACAAGCAUAAUUAUUGUUUACAUUUUUACAGUAUUUUACUGCAUACAUAAACUGUGAAAUGAUUUUAUGCAUUUUCUAGGCUUAAUAAUAUGGAAUAUAGAAUAUGAUAUAUAAUAAAAACUUAAAAAGUG